CGCCAACGCCCCGCUCGCGCAUUUCGACCUCCGCACGUUCUACAAUGGGCAAGGACAGCAAGGUUGAGGGACCCGCCAUCGGCAUUGAUCUUGGCACCACCUACUCGUGCGUCGGCAUCUGGCAGAACGACCGCGUCGAGAUCAUCGCGAACGACCAGGGCAACCGGACCACGCCCUCGUUCGUCGCCUUCACCGACUCGGAGCGCAUGAUCGGCGACGCGGCCAAGAACCAGGCGGCGAUGAACCCGCGCAACACCGUCUUCGACGCCAAGCGCCUGAUCGGCCGCCGCUUUUCCGACUCCGCCACCCAGUCCGACCUCAAGCACUUCCCCUUCAAGGUGAUCGCGAAGGACGGCGACCGGCCGUGCAUCCAGGUCGACUACAAGGGCGAGAUAAAGGACUUCUUUCCGGAGGAGAUCUCGUCGAUGGUGCUCGUCAAGAUGAAGGAGGUGGCCGAGUCCUUCCUCGGCUCCGAAAUCAAGAAUGCCGUCGUCACCGUCCCCGCCUACUUCAACGACUCGCAGCGCGCCUCCACCAAGGACGCAGGGUCCAUCGCGGGCCUCAACGUGCUCCGCAUCAUCAACGAGCCGACCGCGGCGGCCAUCGCGUACGGCCUCGACAAGCAGUCAUCGUCGGAGCGCAACGUCCUCAUCUUCGACCUCGGCGGCGGCACCUUCGACGUCUCCCUCCUCACCAUUGAGGAGGGCAUCUUUGAGGUCAAGGCGACCGCGGGCGACACCCACCUGGGCGGCGAGGACUUUGACAACCGCAUGGUGAACCACUUCGUCCAGGAGUUCAAGCGCAAGAACAAGAAGGACCUCACCGGCAACCCGCGCUCCAUGCGCCGCCUCCGCACCGCCUGCGAGCGCGCCAAGCGCACGCUCUCGUCAUCGACGCAGACCUCCAUCGAGAUCGACUCGCUCUUCGAGGGCAUCGACUUCUUCUCGUCCAUCACGCGCGCGCGCUUCGAGGAGCUUUGCAUGGACCUCUUCCGCUCCACCAUGGAGCCCGUCGAAAAGUGCCUCCGCGACUCGAAGAUGUCCAAGGGCCAGGUGCACGACGUCGUCCUGGUGGGCGGCUCGACUCGCAUCCCCAAGGUCGUCUCGCUCCUCACCGACUUCUUCAACGGCAAGGAGCCGUCCAAGUCGAUCAACCCCGACGAGGCGGUCGCGUACGGCGCCGCCGUGCAGGCUGCCAUCCUCUCUGGCACUGGCUCGGCAAAGACGGAGGACCUGCUGCUGCUUGACGUGACGCCGCUCUCGCUCGGCCUCGAGACGGCGGGCGAGGUGAUGACGGUGCUCAUCCCGCGCAACACGACCGUGCCGACGAAGAAGUCGCAGACCUUCUCCACCUACUCGGACAACCAGCCCGCCGUCACCAUCCAGGUUUUCGAGGGCGAGCGCUCGCGCACCAAGGACAACAACAAGCUGGGCGAGUUCAACCUGUCGGGCAUCCCGCCGAUGCCGCGCGGCGUGCCGCAGAUCGACGUGACCUUCGACAUUGACGCGAACGGCAUGCUGAACGUGUCGGCGCUCGAGAAGUCGACCGGCAAGGAGAACAAGAUCACCAUCACCAACGACAAGUCGCGCCUCUCCAAGGAGGACGUCGAGAAGAUGACGGCCGACGCGGAGAAGUACGCAAAGGAGGACGAGGAGUUCAAGGAGAAGGUGGAGGCGAAGAACGGGCUCGAGAACUACUGCUACUCGAUGAAGAACACGCUCGAGGACGACAAGGUCAAGGACAAGAUCUCGGAGGAUGACAAGAAGAAGGGCCUCGACGCCGUCGAGGAGGCGCUCAAGUGGCUCGAGGGCAACCAGCUCGCCGAGAAGGAGGAGUUCUCGCACAAGCAGAAGGAGGUCGAGGGCAUCUGCUCGCCCAUCAUGCAGGCGAUGUACUCGCAGGGCGCGGGCGGCGGCAUGGGUGGCAUGCCCGGCGGCAUGCCCGGUGGCAUGCCAGGCGGCGCGCCGCCUGGCGCUGGCGGCCCCAACAUCGAGGAGGUGGAUUAGUUAGAAUCAGCAGCAGCUUUGCGCGCAGGCCGGGGCGCUCAAAAUUUUGGUAGGCUUGAGGAGAGAGAGGGGUUGAGUGUGCCGACUGUUUAAGCAGCUACGAACUUCGUGAAAAAGUUUGCACACGCGUU